UAGACUUUCUAGGAAAUCCUCAUUUUCUUUACAAAACAUGGCCGAAGAAGAUAACCAGUCAAUUCAUAAUGAGAAUAAUGAGAAUAAUCAUGUGAGAACACUUAGAGAUCACAUGAAUCCAACAAGAACAAGUGCACCAUCAUGUAUAGUUUUUCCUCCUGAUGCUUCUCAUUUUAAUUUUAAGCCAGGUAUUAUUCAACUUUUACCCACUUUUCAUGGCUUAGAAUUAGAAAAUCCAUAUUUGCAUUUAAGAGAAUUUGAAGAAGUUUGUAACACCUAUAAUGACUUAAAUUGUAGCAUGAACACCAUCAGAUUAAAGCUUUUUCCUUUUUCAUUAAAAGAUAAAGCUAAAACAUGGCUACAAAAUAUUAGGUCAGGAUCCAUUCGUGCUUGGGAUGAAAUGCAACAACAAUUUUUAAAGAAGUUUUUUCCAUCUCACAGAACAAACUCUUUCAAAAGACAAAUCACCACUUUCACUCAAAAACCAGGAGAAACAUUUUACAAGUGUUGGGAUAGAUAUAAAGACUUGCUUAAUACCUGUCCUCAUCAUGGUUUUGAAACAUGGAGAUUGGUCUCACAAUUUUAUGAAGGGUUAACACCUAAAGAUAGACAAAUGGUGGAAUUGAUGUGCAAUGGAACUUUUGAAGAUAAAGACCCUGAUGAAGCAAUGGAGUACCUAGACUUGCUAGCUGAAAAUGCUCAAAAUUGGGACACCACAGGAGUGUCUCCAUGAACAAGCCAAUGCUUUAAAUAGUUUCCAAAGGCCAAGUCAUAACCCAUACUCGCAAACGUACAA